GCUCUCAUUUGGACGCUCAAUGCCGCCCGAUCCGUGACUUUUAAAUUUCAAUAUCAAUUUUAUGCUUCGAGAAAUGUGAAUCAAUUUAAUGUGUGAAAACUUGUGUGAGCUGCCUCCCUUCCAAUCCAUCAAUAAUACUCUUUUCAAAUUACAAUUUCGAUAGCUCUUUUUUCUCAACAUUUCAGUUUCUAGGUAGCAUUUUUUUUCUUUCUUUUUAAGACACAAAAAUCUAAGACAAAUAAUUGUGAUUCUUAUUUUGGAUUGAUACCAUGAAAAUUUUGUGCCAAAGAGUUGUAGCAGAAAAAGUAUAGUGGGUGCGUGAGUAUAAAACGCUUUUCGUAGGACUAGAGAUGUCCAUCCGAUAUUUUUUCUACAUUGUGAUCUUGUGUUGCGGCGCAAAUGCUUUUAACGUUUUGAUCCUAUCUCCAGUGCCAUCUUUUAGCCAUCAGCGUCCUAUUUUGACUUUAACAGAGAAUCUGGUUAAAAAAGGACACAGGCUUUUUGUCGUUAGUCCCAAUAAGGCUUCGGGUUUGGAGCAGAAUGCGAACUACACUUUCGUGGAUCUUUCGUUUUUGUACGAUUUUUUCAAGGAUAAAGAAGAAGAUGGUCACAUAAGCGUGCAGAGACAAAUUUCAAAAUGGAACUUGUAUUCUUCAAUCUUCGGUAUAGGACCAAAAAUAGCAGAAUCCCACCUGACCAGUGAACAAUUCCUUCAGUUUAGGCGGCGCGUCGAUCAGGAGGGGAUUAAGUUCGACGUGGUCAUGAUCCAAUCGAUAUUAGCUCCUUAUCUAGUUCCAGUUGCUCGUCUACUAGCCGGGGAUGCGCCCAUCGUCAGCAUUUCAUCUUACGCUAUGGAUUGGCUGGCAGAGGACGCCUUGGGCAGUCCAGUCCAUCUAUCGUUCCUACCGUCCAUCUUUGGCCACUACACGGAUAAAAUGAACUUAUGGCAGAAGCUCGAAAAUUGGUUCUCUCAUACUUUCAUUGUGUCCGGCGUUAAGAGGAAUAUAGGGACCGCUGCCAGGAGGUUCUUCACGGAUGUUUACGGUCUCAACGCGACGUUUGUGGAUGACUCGCCGUGGGAGAGAAUCUGUCUUACUCUCAUCACGUCUAACUCGCUGUACUACUAUCCGAGACUUCUUGGUCCGAAUGUUGUAGAAGUUGGGCCGCUCCAUAUAGGAGCGCCGGGUAAACUACCGACGGUUUUACAAAAUUGGUUAGACGGAGCGAAGAGAGGAGUCAUUUACUUUAGUCUUGGAAGUAAUAUGAAAAGCAAAUCUCUGGCGCCAGACGCGCUUGAAAACUUCUUGGAAUUUUUCCGAGGUUUACCUGCUGGACACCGAGUUUUAUGGAAAUGGGAAUCAGAUCAAAAUAUUCCUGGACAAUCGGAUAAUAUUUUGACCCAAAAGUGGAUGCCUCAAAGCAGCAUACUUGCGCAUCCAAAGGUAAAAUUAUUCAUCACUCAAGGAGGACUCCAGAGCUUUCAAGAGGCAGUACAUUUUGGGGUCCCCACAGUAACUAUUCCGUGGUUCAUAGAUCAGGAACUCAUGGCGGCGAAAACACUUGAUGCAAAAAUCGGAGGGAGGUUGUCCCCGCAAGACAUUCACUCGUUUACCAAGAUCAAAUCUACUAUCGAAACGGUAUUGUAUAAUGAGAGCUACAUGAGAAACAUGCAGAGACUAUCUACCCUCUCGCACGAUUUUACAUCUGAAGCUGUGGAUAAAGCCGUUUUCUGGGUGGAGCACGUGGCCCGUCAUGGAGGAGCGUCGCAUCUGAGGCCCUCGAUCGCUGACUCGAGCCUAUUCCAGUAUUUCUGCCUCGACAUCAUCUCUUUCCUUUUAGUCUUAGGUUUAUCUGUGAUGUUCCUAGUUUACUCCGCUUUUAAGUUUCUCAUUUCAUAUUCAACAUUCAAAAAAGGGAAGGUUAAACAUUCUUGAUUUAAGGGUAAAACGUUGGUUUAAGAGUUUUAAUUAACUGAAAAAAAUUAAAAUACACAUGUUAGGAUGUCCCAUAUUUUUCAAAAUUGAGAAAUUUUCAUGGGCAGUUUUUUCAGAACGCGAUUCAACCCCAAAAAAAUAAAAAAAUCGUUUUGAAAAAAAAUUUUUUAGGGGUCUCUCAAGCGCCCCAAAGGGCAAAAGUGUAAAAAUGGGUAAAUGGGGUAGAGUACAUUCAUUUCCCAAUGGAAAUCCUCGAAUUGCGGCCUUUAAGAACGAAAAUUUCGACCGCUUGGCCGUAUCUUUGAUGGUUGAGCCGCUACAGGUAUACGUGCGCGCUGCGAUGUACUCGCAGGAUGUGACAUAAAGCGACAUCAAAAAGCGCCUUCAAAUCGAAGGAUAGACCAAAACACCGUACCGUCGGAUUUCUUGCCAAUGAGAUGAUGGAAGGCGCGAGAUUCCCCUAGAAAGAAUCGGCGAUUCUUUGAUUGAGGGGCAAACUGAAAUGGACAAUCUUAAUAGGAUAAAAUUUGCGGUCGUAAAAUGCGAUUCAUAUUCAACGAUAAUUUAGGAGCCAUUUCCUAAAAAAUGCCAUUAGUCAUUAAUUAACAUAUUAGGUAGCGUGAGCACAAAUUUUUGUAAGAACUCUGUAAUUUCAACAAUAAAGGAAACUUUGAAAUAGGAAAAAAAUUACUUACAAAGAUGUGCAAGUAUACUUGGUUGCUUGGUUAUGUGCAGAGUCAAAGAGAUCUAUGUGCAGGGCAACAUUUUUUCCGCAAAAUCUAUGCACUGCGACUAUUAGGAGCAAUAAGCUUCUAUUCUCUGAACAAAAUUCAGUCUAUCUAACUAACCCUCCUAAGGAGCGAUCGGUGAUUUUGUUGCCAAAAAAAAAAAAAAAAAA